AUGUCACAGCCGUUUCCGUAUAACGAAGAUGAAGCGGGGACCGAACUGAUGGGCGGUCAGCUCAACUUGGACGAUGCCAUCAACGAAGCGCUCGCCAGUAUCACGGACCAGCUCGUGCCCAGUGAGGACGCCGGUGACAUGUUCAGCAUGCCCGCUGAGGAACUGGAACAGCCAGACGAAGCCAGUUCUACCUCCAUUAAUGCUGCCUUUGACGGUGUUUUUGGCGGUAGCAUGGAAAUUGACCCGGCUGAGGAAGAUUUUGACCAUGAUGCGCUCUUCGCCAACGCCAUAGGCAACGCGUUCAGUGAGGCUAUGAACGAGGAAAAUGAGGCUAAGGAGCACGAGGAGGAAGCUGUAUCUGAACCUGAGCGAGCACCCGCUGAGGGUGACUUUGACACCGACUUAAGUGCAGCGAUCGGCGAUGCUCUCAGUUCAGUUUUUAGCACAGACAUGGCUGCCGUUGAGCAAAAAGCAGAAACCUCCGGGGAACCUCAGGGCACACAUGAAACACAUCCGCAGAGCGUAGAAGAACACCCAGAUGAGGAACAACUGCAGACAGAGGAGCACACACAGACUGCUGAAGAAAAGUCACACGCGGUGGAUCACCCACAAACGCCCGAACACGUUGAGACUCACGCCGCUGGCUCUGGCCACGGAGAUAUAGAUUUGGAUGCCGCCUUCGCCGAUGCCAUUGGCGAUGCUUUCAGGUCGCUCAACUAUGGUGAGGCCGGUUCCUCAAAGGAGCAGGGUGAGGGACGGCAUGAGAGAGAAGAUGGAAACAAUGUGCUUGAUGAUGUUGACAUGGAAAGCGCUAUUGGUGAUGCCUUUAAGGCUCUUCACCAACUGCCAGCGUCGAAAGCUCAAAUCGAAGUGCCACCAACCCAGGCACAGUCGCAGGCUAAGACAGUCCCGGGUGCUCAAGCCAGGAUCCAGACGACUCAGUCAAAAGCCCAGGAAAAUAUCCAAGAUAGGUCCCAAGCCCCGCUGACACAGUCUCUGACCCGGCCUCAGCCGCUGACGCGACCUUUGCCUCAGUCCCAAGCUCAGGCUGCGCCUGGACCCUCGCCUGACGUUGACGAUGAAGGCGACGUCGAUAUGAAUCAGGCGAUCGGCGAUGCGUUCAUGGCGGUAAUGAACCAGCAGAACACAUCCACGAAAGACGUCUCCAUGAACGACAGCUACGACUCGUACGACUCGGACUCCAGUGAGGACGACUACGCUGCUGCGCUCGGUGAUGCUAUCAAGGAGGCGAUGAACUCCGCACGCGAUGGCGACAGCGAAGUGCAGGCGGGCCUCACCGCGAUGCAGAGCAUGGCGGUCCAGCCAAUUCCGCACGACCUUCUCCAGUCGCUCGCACAGGAAAUUACAUCACAGGUACACUCGUCAAUGGAGGAGAACGCGUUUGACAUCAAUGAGGAUGAUUUGGCGUUGCAGUUCUCGCAGUUCCAGCAGGGCCACGCUGAGAACGACGCGUUGGAGACGGCAUUGGCGCAGAUGGUGCGUAAUGUGGUGGAGAGCAGCGUGGAGGAGCCGGAGGCAGACGAAACGGGCCUCAACCAAUUACAAAUGAACGCGAUUCUCCAGAAUGCAUUCUCGAUGGCGAUGGAGAACCCGGAGACGUUGCUUGCAAACUUGAACCUCGAGAAUGAGGCAGAGGCAGCAGUGCUCCAACCGAAGCGCAAGGAGAAAAAGAAGAAGGAGAAAAAGCCGGCGCAGCCUACGAAGAAGGAGCUUGCGGCGACGCGGCGCGCGGCGGCCAAAGCGGAGAAGGCGGAGCGUGCAGCGCGUCUCGCGGCGGAAAAGGCGUCCGCAAAGACGAAGGCAGCCGAGGCGAAGGCAGCCAAAGCAGCGGCGAAACAGGCCGCGGCCGCGGCAAAGGCCGAGGCAGCGGCCGCGGCGAAGGCAGCGGCGAAAGCGCUCAAGGCCGCGAGCGCCAAGAAGCCUGACCCCAAAACUGUCAAGAAGCGCGACGGGUUGUCGAUCGCCGAGACUCUUGCACUCUCGCGCCUGUCGAUGUCUGGCCGCCGCGAUUACGCGAGCAUCCUGUCGUUGGAAGACGCGGUGCGUACUGACACUAAACGAGCCAGUGCGACCGGUGUAAAGACGCGGCCCACCAACUUGGCAGUUGCGCUUAAACAGAUGACGGACGCGUUGAACAAGAAGACAUACGAGUCGGCUGCAAAGACCGUUGCAGGCGACCAGAACAUGCUCAAUGCGUUGAACGUAGCAAGGCAAUUUAUCUCGUCGCAGAAGGAGGGGAGCAUGAACCUGGCGACGGUUGCCGCGAUGAAUACCGCGUUGGGGGUAUUGAGCAAGACGUUGGGGCUUCCGGCGUUGGCCACAGGUUUGACUCCAGGUUUGGCUCCUGGUGGAGACAAGACUGAUAGGAGCGAGGAUGGUAAAGUGGUUGAGUUGGAUUCCAGUGAUUCCACUGAGGCUAACGGCUCUACUGGAGGUUUCGUGGAUGCAGAGGAUACUUCCAAUGGGUCUGCUGGACCUCCUAAGGACGUUGGUGCUCCUUCCGGGACUAAUGGUAGUCACGCGAUUAGCACCCUCAAUGCCACCACCAUCUCCUCGAUCACGGCCGCAGUCACAGCAGUCCUCUCAAAUCUCAAGAAGAACAAGCAUUCAUCGCCAAAGGUUGUGCUAGACGCUCCUGCUUUAAAGGAGAAGAUCCGUAUUGGCAACCGUGAGCGCAAAAAGCGCUGGAGAGAGGGCAAUCAGGACCGCAACAAGGACAACGACUUGCGUGUGCGUGUGCAGAAGCGUGCAAUGGUGAUGUUUGGAAAGGAGGACUCCGACAAGAAGAAGGCAUGGGUUGAGGCGGAGUUCAGCAAGCGCCGCGAGAAGCGCAUGAGUCGCCUGAAGCGCGAUGACAAGCUAGAAGUAGCGGCGAGACCCGCGGCGCGUGAGCCAAAAAAGCGCAGCGAUCGCCCGAAGCCGCCACCCGAUGCGAACUUGGUCCAGAGCAUUACCAGUAUCUUCAACAUCUUCAAUACCGGUGCCAAGGGUGAUCCGUCGUCGGUACUCACCGCGACUGCGACUGCUGCGGCCGCGGCAUACGCGUCGUCUGCGGGGGCGAGCAAGGACCAGGCGCUGAUUGCGUCUGCCGUAUCUACGAUCAUCUCGUCGCUCUUUCAUCCCCAGACGCUGGCUACUGAGGUUGAGAACAUUGCAGGUGUACCUACAGGAAAAGUCUCAAGCUUCAAGAUCAACGCGGAGCCGUUGCUGGUGCGUCUGGCGUUGAAAUCGCGCGCUCCCGUACCGCCGAGCAUGGCGCCUGAUCCGGAGUUGACGUCGCUUGUGAAGGCAAAGGCACCGGCGGGGGGUUCGUAUGCUCGCGGAAACCGCUUUGCAAAAGAGCUGGGCCCGAAAGGAGUCCAAAGUUCACUCAAGCGGAAACUCGAUAGCCCUGAGCCAGAGGCGAAACGCGGACGGUCGGUUUCACCGAGGAAUGAGAAGUCAAUGCCGUGGGCGACGAGUUAUUUCAAGCUUCCGCAGUAUAAGAAGCCGGACACACGGGAGACACGGGAGGCAAAACCGACCGCGCUUGCUGUGCCAGUGACCAAACCUGUAGCGAUAGCUGUGACGACGCCUCAGGUAACAUCUCAAGCGACAGAGGCGACAGCCCAGCCGCUGCCUCAAACCAUAUCUCAGCCUCAAGCCCAGCCCCAAGCCCCAACACAGGCCCUCGGACUGGUGCCGGUGCCCGCCCGCCCGGCCCGUUCUCCAGUGACGGGUGGUCUCAGGAAGCCUGGUGCGUUCCAACGACCACCUGCGUAUGCUCGACCACAGACCUCACUCAACAAGCCCAAGUCUAAAUCCAUGGGUUUUCCGCGGAUGCUCUCACCGACGUUCAAGCAUUAG